CUCAUUGACUGGCUACGGAUGCUUUACAGCAGCAUGCGUUACUCCGUACGGCUGGGAAAGCAGUAUUCGGAACUCUUUCGCUCUCAUGUCGGUAUUCUCGCGGGUGACUCUGCCUCUCCAAUGUUAUGGAUACUCUACAUGGCUGAUCUCGCAAUCCCUGAGCACAAUGACGACGUGGUCCUCGCAGGGGAGCGUGUAUCUCACUUCGAACAGGCCGACGACCUUAAGGUCACCUCCACUUCUCUCAGUGGUGUUCAAGCGAAGAUCAACACUGUUGUCGCCUGGUGUGCACGUAACCUCAUGAUUGUCAACCAUAUCAAGUCGCAUAUGAUGGCGUUUGGCCCGCUGCCGCUGCAUAUUCCCCGAAUCUUCCUCGGUGACCAGGAACUCGCAUGGACCGACGUCGACACACAUGUCGGCACUACCUUCGCGACCACUAGCCGGAACAUACUGCAGCAGCACUACGUUCGCAAACGUUCCGAUGCCAACACCAUCGCCAACAUCACAUUCGCUGUGCGGGCCAAGAUUGGUGAUCUCCGUCCGACCGACGCGUUCAAGCUGUACAUGGCACGGAUUGAUCCUCACCUCACCCACGCCUGCGAGAUCGCGCUCGAUAUCGAUCCUGUUCUCCUACGCAUGCUUGAAGGCGUACAGUUCCGCUACCUUCGUCGGGCGCUCGGUCUCACGGCGCGCUCUCACACUGUUGUUCUUUUCACAGAGACAGGUCUCAUGCCGCUCCGCCACCGCCGCCUCAUACUGGCUCUACGCUAUCUCGUUCACCUGUGCUCUCUUCCUGCGGACCACUAUGCGUACUUGGCCCUGCAGCAGUCAUUUGCCCUCGCACAUGAUGGUUCACCUUGUUGGGUACUCGACCUCCGGUAUGUCCUCAGCCGUUUGCCGGGCCCAAGUCACGGCGCGCACUCCCUGGAACAGCUCCGUGAUCCCGAAUACGUCCUCUCACUAAUCAAAAUCGUCGAGAAUCAACUCGAUGCGUGGCUCACCGACCGUAUCGAUACCUCACCUAAGCUAGAGCUCCUCCGAGGUCGCAUGUACAUUGGGAAGAAGGGCACGGUGACUUUCCCCGUUAGAUGCAGACGAGCUUAUCUGGAUGUUCCGGUGCACGAGCACCGCAUUAGCAUCACCAAAAUCAUGACUUCCGACCACCUCCUCUCGGUAGAACGAAUGCGUUGGUCAGAGCGUAACCGCCCCAAGGUCCCUCGACACUGGAGACUGUGCAGACUCUGCACAGACGAAAUCGAAGACCCUGUCCAUCUCCUUCUG